AUGAAGCCCAUAAUAGCUGUCCCUGGAAUCGCUGCGCUCAUCUAUAGAGCGUGGUCGCGGAACUCGCUGACUCCUGUUGGCAUCCUGGCGGCAUUUGUGACAGCCGUCAUUCAUACCGUGCAUCCUUGGAGCGUUUUCACAGUGCUUCUUGCCGUCUUCUUCUUAGCGGGGAGUUCCGUUACUAAAGUCAAGCAUGACAUUAAAGCAAAGCUUACUCAGUCCGCGACUGGUGCAUCCGGUGGAGAAGGUGCGCGCAACCAUAUCCAAGUGUUCGCAAACUCCGGUAUAGCUUCGGUUUUAAUACUGCUUCACCUCUGGCAGCUCAGGAAGGAUGGACGAUAUGAAGAUGAGGGACUCUGCUGGACUGGAAACAGUGAUAUAUUGGUAACAGGCAUCGUAGCAAACUAUGCCGCAGUCGCUGCAGAUACCUUUUCAUCUGAACUUGGAAUCUUGUCGAAAUCCAAGCCACGCCUGAUAACCGCUCCAUGGCGUAUCGUCCCGCCUGGCACAAACGGCGGAGUGACCACGACAGGUCUUGGUGCGGGACUACUCGGCGCACUGAUAAUCUCCCUCAGUUCUACGAUGUUCAUGCCAUUUUGCAAAGACUGGAGCUUUGCCGAAAAGACAAAGUAUACUCUUGCAUUGACAGCAGCUGGCUUUAAUGGGACACUCCUUGAUUCUCUUCUAGGAGCUCUCUUGCAGGCUAGCGUGGUUGACGUACACUCGGGCAAGGUUGUUGAAGGUGAGGGAGGAAGAAAGGUGCUUGUACACAGCAAGGAGGGCGUUACCAAGGCCACCGGUACGGAUGCGGCAGGAUCGAUCAAGGCUUCGAAAGCAAUGUUGAAAGCCGGAGCAAGUGGAACGGCCGUUGCAGAUCCGCAGCAUGAGAGCAGGAAGAUUGAGGUUGGGAGUGAUUUGUUGGACAAUAAUGCUGUUAACGUACUCAUGGCAGGUCUGUCUCUCCGCUUCGUCCCCAGCAAGGCGCACCCUGCGCAAACUACGCUUGAAACCUCUGCACCUUCGGCUCCCGGCGUCCACGAUACCCUUCGGUCUCGCCUUGGCCACACAUCGGUAGCACCCACCGCUUCGUCGUCAUCGACAGCACCAGUUGCUCUGCAAUCUGCCCAUCCGCUCGAGGCCCGCCUUGUUCAGUGGCGCGAGACCCAAGACCGUCUGAAGAUGGAGAUGCUGAGGCGGCAGUUUGGCAUUGCCGAACCCGUGCGUAGGGGUAUGGAGCUGAAGAUUGCUGAAGCGGGGGAGUGGAGACCAUUAGCACUUGGUGGAAGCAGCAGUGUCCACAAAGAUAUUCUCCAGGGACGGGAUUGUGAGAUUGGCUGGGAGGACGUAUUCACGGGCAACGAGCUGCGGGAAGUCCCAGACUUCCACACGGAGAUUGAGAAGAAGAUGAAGAUGAACUGGUAG